GACUAGAUUUGGUUUCCUAUGAUCUUUCUCGCCACUGAGUUUGUCUCGUUUUCCUCUUCUUCCAGCACGCGUACCGGUGGAGCCAGUAACAAACCCAUUUUCCUUUGAAUCACAGCUUAUUCUUUCUUGUGCCUCGGACGCUCUCCCUACGAAACAAGGAUUACCAGAGCUCGUAGACAAUCAAGGCUUUGUUCGAGGCAUUGUCUUGAGCCAUAAUUAUAUUGAAUUGGUCCCGCAGUUCCGUCUAUAAUAUUCCCAAUGGGUAUAAAAUAAAUAUACCUACCUACUCUCACAGAGGAACUUCAGGUAAUUAUUUCUACAUCUCCUGACCGCGAAUCUAACAAGAUCUACAUACCUGUCUCUAGCCAUCCUUCGCAGCAUCAGUAUUAGGGGAAAAUGCAUUUCAUCCAUAUGUAUUGGGCCACCGUGGCGAGCCUAGCCUCGCUAUCGGCAGGCCAUGUCGUCCUAGAAAAUCCGAAGCCGUUUCGCUUCGUCGCCUACGGGCCCUCCAACCCCAUUUCAUCGACGGGUUCCGACUUUCCCUGUAAGAUACCAUCUGGCGGUACGCUGGAACCAGAUGGACCUCCAACGGUCAUGGCCAUCGGCGAAGAGCAGGUGGCUUCGUUCGUGGGCCAAGCUGUACACGGUGGCGGCUCGUGUCAGUUCGCUCUGGCUGGACCCAUAGCAGAUGAAGCCUGGGCCGACUAUCCACUGAAGAAUUCCGAAUGGAAAGUAAUCCAUUCUAUCGAAGGCGGGUGUCCGGCACGUAACCAGAAGGGAAAUCUGGAAGGGCCGAAUCAAGACAAAUACUCGUUCACCAUACCAGACGCCAUCGCCCCGGGCGAUUAUAUAUUUUCUUGGACUUGGCUCGCACGUAUCGGAGGACAGCCAGAGUACUACCAAAACUGCGCACCCAUCACAGUUACGCCGGCGAAGGCCAAGCGUAGUCGGGCCUCAGACCGCCGAGCAGCUAUCGCCAAGAGAGCAGAGCUCCCCGAGCUCUUCAUGGCUAACAUGGGAGACGUUUCAGGAGGCUGUACCACCGGAGAGGCUCUGCAGCAGCAGGUCGCGAUCGCGUUUCCCGACCCGGGCUCCUCGGUCGAGCGGCCCGAAGGUUCAAAUCUGUUUAAGCAGGCUUGCGACGGGAACCCACGCGCGAAGAAGGGCCUGCCACAGUAUCCCGGCGAUUCCGACGCAAGUGCGUCGCCCGUAGCUGCACCGACACCCACCUCGAGCUACGACACCUCGAGCGUCAGCACAUCCACGCCCGCGCCGUUAACUUCGACUGCCUCUCCCACGCCUCCGAGUACGACGUCGACGCAAGCCUCGAGCCCCAGCUACGACCCGACGCCGAGUACGGGAACGUGCGUAGAGGGCCAUCUUACCUGCCUCGAAGACGGCACCCAUUUCGCGACGUGUACCGGAGGGCAGUUGACACCCCCUCAGCCCAUCGCCCCUGGAUUCAAGUGUCGCGUUGGUUCUGGGGUCGGCCUGGACAUCUCCCCAGCGUGAUGUGUUAUCAAAUCGCAAUCUUGACCGAGUCUUGGGCGUACAAGUCGUUAUCUACCCCCGAACUAUCGAUAUCGCACCAAUACAUUUUGGUGAGAGGACGAGAAGGGAAACAACGUGGCCUCUCCUGUAGCUUGGUCCAUACAGAUAUUAGGCCUUCGCAUUUAAGCACCCCGACGUCCCUUAGAACCUCGUCUUUUUCUUUUCGGUGGGCUCUGCGAAAUUGGCAGCGGUGGCGACAUGGUCU